GUGCCCGCCCGCUCCGCCUCCUGCGAGCCGGGGCGGCGCCGCUGCAGAAGGGGGCCGGGGAAGGAGCAGGAGCCGGGGCAGGAGGAGAAGGAGACGGUGGAAGGAGGGUGCCCGGCGCUGGCGGGGUUUAUUCCAGAGUUGAAAAAGCUUGAAGAAUAUAUUUUAUCCAUGUUUGGGAAAAGAUAGUUGCUACAGACAAGGGGGAGAAACGCUGGGAUUGAUAAAAAGAUGAGUAUGUUAAAACCAAGUGGACUUAAGGCUCCUUCAAAGACCAUCAAGCACGGGGGUACAUUGCUGAAAACACCUACACCUGUUGCAGCUGCUGCAGCAGAAAAGGCAGUUCCCAGUGAGAAGCCCCCAGGCCCAGCCCCUGCAGAUGCCCACGAGGAGUUUGUGGACGAUUUCAGGGUCGGGGAGCGCGUUUGGGUCAACGGGAACAAACCCGGCUUCAUCCAGUUCCUUGGAGAAACCCAGUUCGCUCCAGGGCAGUGGGCAGGGAUUGUCCUGGACGAGCCCAUCGGGAAGAACGACGGCUCCGUGGCCGGGGUUCGCUAUUUCCAGUGUGAGCCCUUGAGGGGAAUAUUUACCAGACCAUCCAAGCUGACCAGGAAGGUUUUGGCAGAAGAUGAAGCCAACGGUACCCAGACCUCCCACCCUUCCAGAGCCACCUCCCCCACGUCCACAUCAGCUGCCAGCGCCGUGUCUUCGGCUGCUGCUGCGCUUCCCCCGUCAGGAAUUCCCCAGAAAACCUCCCCGCUUGCUGCUAAGGAACAUGCGACUCCUGCUCAGAUGAGCAAUCUUUCCAAGACUGCCAGUGAAUCCAUAUCAAACCUCUCCGAGGCCGGGUCGCUCAAGAAAGGAGAAAGGGAGCUCAAAAUUGGAGAUCGAGUUCUGGUUGGUGGGACAAAAGCUGGAGUUGUGCGUUUUUUGGGAGAAACAGACUUUGCUAAAGGAGAGUGGUGUGGAGUGGAGCUGGAUGAGCCCCUGGGAAAGAACGAUGGAGCCGUGGCUGGAACGAGGUACUUCCAGUGCCAGCCCAAGUAUGGAUUGUUUGCCCCAGUGCACAAGGUGACCAAGAUCGGGUUCCCCUCGACCACCCCGGCCAAGGCCAAGGCCGCCGUGCGGAAGGUGCUGCCGACGCCCACGGCCCUGAAGCGCAGCCCCAGCGCCUCCUCCCUCAGCUCCCUCAGCUCCGUGGCCUCUUCCGUAAGCAGCAAGCCCAGCCGUACAGGACUAUUGACAGAAACCUCUUCCCGGUACGCCCGGAAAAUCUCGGGAACCACGGCCCUGCAGGAGGCCCUGAAGGAGAAGCAGCAGCACAUUGAGCAGCUCCUGGCAGAGAGGGACCUGGAGAGGGCAGAGGUGGCAAAAGCCACGAGUCACGUGGGGGAAAUGGAGCAGGAAUUGGCCCUGGUUCGGGAUGGACACGACCGGCACGUUCUGGAGAUGGAGGCAAAAAUGGACCAGCUGCGGGCCAUGGUGGAGGCAGCUGACAGGGAGAAGGUGGAGCUCCUCAAUCAGCUCGAGGAGGAGAAAAGGAAAGUCGAAGACCUUCAGUUCCGUGUGGAAGAAGAAUCCAUUACCAAAGGAGACCUCGAGCGAAAGAGGCAGAUUUCGGAAGACCCUGACAAUACGCAGACCAAACUGGAGCAUGCCCGCAUUAAGGAGCUUGAACAGAGCCUGCUCUUUGAAAAGACCAAAGCUGACAAACUCCAGAGGGAGUUAGAAGACACUAGGGUGGCCACAGUGUCAGAAAAAUCCCGUAUCAUGGAGCUGGAGAGGGAUCUGGCCCUGAGGGUGAAGGAAGUGGCUGAGCUCCGAGGGAGGUUGGAUUCCAGUAAGCACGUGGAUGACGUGGACACUUCUCUGUCCUUGUUACAAGAAAUCAGUUCUUUACAAGAAAAAAUGGCAGCAGUUGGCAAAGAACAUCAGAGCGAGGUGGACUCCCUGCGGGAGAAGUUUGGGAUCAGUGAGGAAGCCCUGCAGAAAGAGAUCAAAUCCCUUUCGGCUUCAAACGAGAGGAUGGCAAAAGAAAAUGAAUCCUUGAAAUCCAAGCUGGAUCACGCCAACAAGGAGAAUUCCGAGGUGAUAGAGCUGUGGAAAUCCAAGCUGGAAUCUGCAAUUGCCUCCCAUCAGCAAGCCAUGGAAGAACUGAAAGUGUCCUUCAGCAAAGGGGUGGGGGCUCAGACAGCGGAGUUUGCGGAGCUGAAGACUCAGAUUGAGAAGCUGAAGUUGGACCAUGAGAGUGAAAUGUCCAGUUUCAAAGUGAAGCAGGAGAAUGAAAGAUCUCAGCAUUUGAAGGAGGUCGAGUCACUGAAGGCAAAACUCUUGGCAGUCACGGAGGAGAAAGAGCAAAGCCUGGAAAGCCUGAAGACCAAACUGGAAAGUGUGGAAGAUCAGCAUCUUGUAGAAAUGGAAGACACUUUAAACAAAUUACAGGAAGCUGAGAUAAAGGUAAAGGAGCUAGAGGUACUGCAAGCCAAGUACAAUGAACAAACCAAAGUUAUUGAUAGUCUUACACCACAGAUCAAAGCUGCUGAAGAAAAGCUUUUGGACCUUGCUGCACUUCAGAAAGCCAAUUCUGAAGGUAAAUUGGAAAUCGAGAAACUUAGCAAGCAGCUUGAGGCAGCCGAGAAACAAAUUCAGACUUUAGAGACUGAAAAGGUUGAUGGAAUUAGCCAGGCCAGUAAUCUGGCCACAGAACUGCAGGGCAAAGAGCAAAAGCUUCUUGACCUUGAGAAAAACUUGAGUGCAGUAAAUCAAGUUAAAGAUUCUUUGGAAAAGGAACUUCAAGUUUUGAAAGAAAAGUUUACUAGUGCAGCUGAUGAAGCGCAAAAUGUUCAACGGGCUAUGCAAGAAACAGUGACAAAACUGAACCAAAAAGAAGAGCAGUUUGCACUCAUGUCUUCAGAACUGGAACAGCUCAAGUCUGGUUUGACUGAGAUGGAGAGGAAGCUGAAGGAGCGAGAAGAGAGAGAGCAGCAACUGGUGGAAGCUAAAGCCAAACUUGAAAAUGAUAUUGCAGAGAUCAUGAAGUCCUCAGGGGACAGCUCUGCCCAGCUCACCAAGAUGAACGAUGAGCUGCGCUCCAAAGAAAGGCAGUUGGAGCAAAUACAACUUGAGCUCACAAAAGCAAAUGAAAAGGCUGCUCAGCUUGAGAAAAACGUGGAGCAAACAGCCCAGAAAGCUGAGCAGAGUCAGCAGGAAACUCUCCAGAUUCAUCAAGCAGAACUGAAAAAUCUGCAGGAUCAACUGACAGACAUGAAAAAGCAAAUCCAGACCAGCCAAACUCAGUACGAAGAUCUUCAGGCAAAGUAUGAAAAAGAAAAUUCUGAGCUGGUGGCCAAACAUGAUGCAGAAAUCCAGGGGUUCAGGCAGAACCUGCUGAGUGCAGAGGAGGCUCUGAAAAGUGCCCAGAGGAAAAACACCGAGCUGGAAACACAGACCGAGGAGCUGAGGAAGGAGGUGGAACAGGCCAAAUCCCUGAGCUCUGUGUUAACAUCAGCCAGAAAAGAACUUGAACUAAUGUCAGACCAGAUGAGGGGUUUGAUGGCAGAAAAAGAGACCUUGGCACAGGAGGGGAAUGCUUUAAAAUUAGAGAGAGGUUCCUUGUUAUCAGAACUUAAAGAACUGGAAUCAAAGAUUUCGUUAAUGCAACAAGACCAAGAAGAACUGAAGACAGAAAAUCAAAGAAUCCUAAAGCAGAAGGAAGAAGCUGAGGCCAAAAGGCAGCAGGAGAGCACAGAGAAGGGAGCACUGGUCUGUGAGAAAAGCAAAUUACUGUGUGAACUCGAGGCAGCCCAGGGAGACCUCCUGAAGGCAGCUCAGGAGAACAAUGCUCUCCGGUCCUCCGAGUCAGCCUUGCUCCUCCAGCUGAGAGAACUCGAGGCCAGCAAAGAUGCCCUGGGUGUGGAAUGUCAGAAACACACCAAGGAAUGGGAAGAACUGGGGAAUUACCAGAGGAAACUUUUGGAAGAGAAAGAUGCAGUUAUAAAGGACAAAGAUGAUGUUAUCCAGAAGCUGGGAAGUUCCUGUGAGGCCUUGGCCAGGGAUCAAAGGGAGCUCCAGCAACAACCGUCAGCAGUGACUGCAGAGAGAGAUUCAGCCCUGGGGGAACACUCAGCUCUUCAAAAUACCCUUGGAGCCCUGAAAGAGGAGCUGAGCAGUGUCCUGCAGACAAGUCAGAGUCUGCAGGCAGAGAAGAAGGUGCUCCUGGAAAGCAUGGAAGAGCUGAGAGUGAGUUUGGACAACGCGGUCAGUGAAAACCAGGAGUUAAAAGUGAGAGAGAAAGAGAUGCAAACACAACUGGAGACUGAGCACAGGGAACUCACAGUUGUGAGGAAAGACAAUGUGGAGCUUGAGAAUUCCCUUGGGAGUCUCACUCGCCUCCUUGAGGAAGUGGAAGCCUCAAGAGAGACACUCCAUUUGGAAUGUUCUCGGCUACUUCAAGAGAAAGAGGCUCUUUCUUCAUCAGAACAAAAGCUUUUGGUUGAGAGGGAGGAACUUCUAAAUGAAAAUAAGGCAAUUGCUGAGAAGCUUGUGAAGGCCUCAGCAGAGGCUGAGCUGGCUGAGAGAGUCUGCACUGAGAAAAUAAAGGAACUGGCCUCAGAAAAGGAAUCUGUCGUUCAGAAGUCGCUGCUGUUGGAAAAGCACAAUGAAGCUCUUCUCCAAGAGAAGGAGGAAUUGGAGAAAAAAUACUCAGAGCUUCUUGAGGAAAACAAGUCUUGUGCAAAGGCAAUUUGUGAUCUGAGGAGAGAACACGAACUGGGCGUCUCGUCCAGGAACGCUCUGGCCCAGGAGAAUGUUGUGCUCCAAGAUUCCAUCGAAGCCCUCAAGGCAGAGCUACGUGAGAAGACUGUAGAAAAUGAAGAGCUAAAAGCCUGUAAAUGUGACCUUUCCAACCUUCUGAAGGAGGCCCAGGAUGCCAGAGGUGUGUUAGAAGGUGAGCUGGCGGCGGCAUCACGGGCCGAGCAGGUCCUGUCGUCUUCCUUGAAGACCUGCUCCUCUGACAGGGAAAAGCUGACCAGGGAGAGGGAUGAACUGCAGGAGAGGUGUCAGGAACUACAUGGAGAGGUUGCUGCUGUGAAAGAAAACUUAACCAUGGAAAAGGAAGCUAGAAAACUGGACAAGGAAUCGUUCCUGUUGGAACGUGUGGAACUUCAAAGCACCAUCAGCUGCUUAGAGAAGGAGGUGGAAGAGCUGAGAGAGAAAAAUAAGGGAUUUCUGGCUGAGAAAGAACUUCUAGUUCAGGAGAAAGAAAAAUCUGAUAUUAAACUGGUGGAAAUAAUGAAAGAGAAAGAAGCCCUGUGUGCAGAGAAGGAGCAGCUUGUUUCCAGCAUGGAGCAGCUGAGAGGUGACUUUGCUUCCGUGUCCAAAUCAGCAGCAGAAUUCCAGGACCUGCACGGCCGUGUCUGCCAGAGGCUGGAGGAGCUCCAACCCAGGCUGGAGCUGAUGGAGGAGGAGAGAACAAAGUUACUUGAGGAAGUGGACAGUCUGAGGGCUGAGCAGAAGAGUCUGGUCCUGAGUAAGGAAGAAAUAGGAAAUGAGAAGGAGAAAUUCUCCCAGGAUUAUUAUAAGCUGUGUGAGGAGGUUACACUUUUAGAGCAAACUAACAGUGACCUCUCAGGCAAAUUGUUGGAGUCUCAGGGCAAAAAUGAGAUGCUGCAGGAGGAGAUGAACAAUCUGGCUUUGAAAAUAAAAGAAAUUGAGACUCUCCAGGCCCAAACAGUAGCACAGAAACUGGAGGCUGCCAAAAUGGCAGAAGAUGUUUUCCAGGCUGUGGAGCAGGUGACCAAGGAGAAGGAUGCCAUUCACAAAGAAAAAAUUGAAACUUUGGCCUCUUUGGAGAACUCGAGACAGACGAACGAGAAGCUCCAGAAUGAAUUGGACAUGCUUAAACAAAACAACCUGAAAAAUGAAGAGGAACUUAAUAAAUCAAAAGAGCUUCUGAAUCUGGAGAACAAGAAAGUGGAAGAACUUAAAAAAGAAUUCGAGGAGCUCAAACUGGCAGCAGCUCACAAGUCCCAGCAGCUCGAGGCUCUGCAGGAGGAGAACGUGAGACUGGCCGAGGAGCUGGGCAGGAGCAGGGAGCAGGUCACGAGCCACCAGAAGCUGGAAGAGGAGAGAUCAGUACUCAAUAACCAGUUAUUAGAGAUGAAAAAGAGCUUACCCAGUAGCACUUUAAGAGAAUCAACUUUAAAAAAAGAAAUUGAUGAAGAGAGAGCAUCCUUGCAGAAAUCCAUCAAUGUUACUAGUGCCUUGAUCACACAAAAAGAUGAGGAACUGGAAAAACUCAGACAUGAGAUCACGGUGCUCCGCGGAGAAAACGCCUCUGCAAAAACCCUGCAGUCAGUGGUGAAGUCCCUGGAGUCUGACAAACUGAAACUUGAGGAAAAGGUGAAGAACUUGGAGCAAAAACUCAAGGAAAACAACGAGCAGCCUUUAACUGUAACGAGCUCCUCAGGGGACGCUGCGAAUCUGCUUCAGGAGGAGAUUGCAAGAGAGAAGCAGGGCGAGAUCGACUUCCUGAAUUCAGUGAUAGUGGAUCUACAAAGGCGAAACGAGGAACUGAACUUGAAGAUACAAAGAAUGUGUGAAGCUGCCCUCAAUGGCAACGACGAGGAGAUAAAUAACUAUGACAGUGAGGAGGAGAGCCUGUCCAAGAAGAAACCGCGCCUGUUCUGCGACAUCUGCGGCUGCUUCGACCUGCACGACACCGAGGACUGUCCGACGCAGGCGCAGGCGCUGGAGGAGCCGCCGCACUCGGCUCACCACGGCAGCCGGCGGGAGGAGCGGCCCUACUGCGACACCUGCGAGGUGUUCGGGCACUGGACGGCCGAGUGCAACGACGACGAGACCUUCUGAUGGCAAGGGAGGGACCGGCCCCGUGCCCCCCACGGACCUUUGGAACCACCAGCAGCUGCGUGUGCUGAAUGUCAGGGAAAGGGACAGCGGUUCUGCCCCUCCCGCUCCCCCUGCCCGUCCGCCUCACAGGCAGUGAAUGGAUAAAUUUUUGCUCCUCCACUAAUAAAUAACCCCUGUCCCUUUUUAACAAACUUUACGAAGGUAAAUAAAAGAUUUAACAAGUGACUUUAUGCUGUUUUUUCCCAGGUUCUGGGUUUGUCCCGCCCGUAACAGGAAAUGCUUCCGUGCUGUCGCAUCUGUUGAUGGGAAAACAUGUAUAGGAAUGAAGCACUAGAGUUAUAUUAAAGCUUAUUUAAAUACCUUAAAAAUAUGCUGUUAAUUUUCAUAUUUGCACUAAACCAUUUUAAGGCUGAAUUUGUACAUUUAGAUUUUUAAGCUUUUUUUUUUUUUUUGACACUGGACUGAGUUGAGAAAUAUUUCAUCUUUAUUUUCCUUUACUCCUUUGACUGUGAUGUUGCUCGGUGCCGUGAGCUCUGGGUUGUGGUUUGGUGUGAAACAUGGAAACCCGGCGCAGGUAAGGAAGGAACGGAGCUGCUGGGGGUUUUUGGAAACCCAUAUGCUGUGCACACCUGAAACAGUUUGUGGGACAUCCCUGUUUUGCAUUCUUUCAGCUUCUAUAUAGUGAGUGUGUGGUGUGUGUGUAUAUAUGCAUAUAUAUAUUAAAGUUAUAUUUU